AUGUCCAGCCCUUUUGGAGCAUCAGCAGGCCAGGCUCAGGGACAACAAAAUAAGCCGACAUUUAGUCUCUUCGCCCCUCCGACUCAGCAAGGACAGCAGCAAGGACAGCUGCAAGGACAGCAGCAACAACAGCAGCAACAACAGCAGCAACAACAGCAGCAACAACAGCAGCAGCUGGGCGGUAGUUCUUUCAAUCUUGGACAAAGUCAACAACCACAGCAGCAACAGCAGACAAACAAUGGCAUCUUCGGUGGCUCCCAAAACCAAAACGCCAAUCCUCUCGGCGGAUCCCUCUUCGGCGCCUCCAUCCUAAACAACCAGCCUCCCCAACAACUCCAACAACGCGCCGUCCCCCCUCUCCCCCAACUCGGUCAAAGCCACCUCUGGCAACCCGCCGCCAGCCAAAACCUCCGCGAACGCAGCAUCGUCGAUCAAAUGUCCGUCCUCUACGAAAAAUGGCUCCCAACCUCCUCGAACUGCGCCUUCCAACACUACUUCUACAACCAAGUUCCCCCCGAACAAGCACCCUUCUAUGGUCCCGCCCCCGACGAAAACGGCAAGAAAUGGGAAGAUGCCCUCUCCCGCAAACCCAACGAGGGCGCCAUCCCGGUGUUGGGGAAGGGCUUCGAAUCCAUCGCCCAGCGUCUGGAAUUGCAGAUUCUCGCCGUCCGUGUCCUCCAGCAACGCCUCCACGAAAUUGACGCCAGCCUCUCCGCCACGCAGCAGAAGCAUGACCUCGAGUUCGCGACGCGCGCAGCGGAGGCACGACGAAAGCAUCUCGUCCUCAGCCAGCGGGCAUUGGCGCUGGCAACGAAGGUGCAAGUAUUACGGAACCGCGGGUAUAGCAUGGAGCCGGCGGAGGAGGAGUUACGGAGGCAGCUGGCGACUCUGGAGAAGAGCGCGUUUGAUCCGGUGUUGAGUGGGAGGCAGGAUGAGAUAUGGGCGCGGAUGGCGGCAUUGAGGGCAAGGACGAGGGGGUUGAAGGAGGAGGGGGAGAGGUUGGGGAGGAGGGCGGAGGGAGGGCAGGAGGUGGCGAUGGAUGAGGAGACGUUGAAGGCGGUGAAGAAGUUAUUGGGCGAUUACGAUGCGCAGCUCACGCAUUUACGCAAAGAACUGGGGUCGAUUAAUGAAGACUUCAGCACGUGGCAGGUCUCCUCUACCCAAGCGGUGAAUCGAUAG